GUUUUUCUGCAGUUCCUGUUUUGAUGGCCAGUUUUUCUCGACUUCCUAUGCGACUGGCGGCAACGGCCGAUCUUGGUGCCACCACUGUUGCCAAGCCCGCCACCUUGCCCUUGCCAACCAUGUCUGUUGCACGAUCUUCAGCCACGUCGCCGGGAGUACAGAGCCGUUUCGAAAUUCAUACCUCUUCCAUACUCACAAAAACAAAAGAAGCCGAAGGUUCGGUGACCCAGGAUCUCAAGGGACAGAAACCUCAGAUGCCUUACAAUGAACGCCAGAGCGCCUCUGGCACUGUGAGUGAAAUCACAGAUAAAGAUACCAGUUUUGACCCUCACAACGUUGACCCCAAAGAAGAAAUCCGAGAAAUGAAGGAAGAAACCCCGGAUCACCAGUCCCCUAUUGAAUGGAGUGGAGCAAACGAAAAUGUCAGCCCUCAAACCAAAGAAGAAGAGUAGAAAUUUGCUCAUUUUCGGUUCCAAAACGAAAGGGCCCAAAACCGAAGGCACACCGCACUGCUCACGAUGUCCGAGUAAAUGCCAUAGUGAUGCAGUAUUCCCAAUAUAGAAUGUUGUAGGGCCUGUUGAGAGGUAUCAUACAAGAGAAAAGAGUCCAUGUUUUUGUUGCCUUUAACUCGACCGAGGAUUCCGCCCUGACUUUUCACGUUUUUUUAUCUUUUAUUUAUUAUCCGGUAUUUUUGACAGUAAUAAAAACUGAACAGCAUAAUGUAUCGAUAUACAUACCAUA